AUGUUUGCAAGGCAUUUUGACCCUGACCAAUUGGUGCAAGAAGGGCCAAAGCCUCUGAUUCCUAUAAGAAAGAGAAAGCUUUCCCAGACUUCUAUCAAGGAUGAUGAUGAAGAAGAAGAAGAGACUAAUGAUAAGACAUCUAGCUCUUCGCUGAGCCUGGAGUCUUCAGACAGUGAUGAUAGUGAUAGCAGCAGCAGUGACUCGGAUAGUGAUAGUGAUGAAGACAGUGAUAGUUCCAGUGCAAGUGAAGGUUCCUCCAGAAAGCCAUCAAUUACGGAUGCGUCUGAAGGUACUGAAUCGAUUGAUAAGACUGAAGCAAUGGAUAUAGACAAGAAGGAGAGUCCUGUCAAAGAGGCUGAAGAGACUUCUACUGAUCCACAAGACCCAGACUAUCUUAAGAAGCAUGCUAGUGUGUUCCAGAAAUUCAAAUCUGCUCAGACAGAUGAUGUGGAUAUGGAUGGUGAUGAGAAGGCUGAAGAGGACGAAAUAGAAAAGAGAGACUUGGCUCCACUUCCACAACCUGAACUUCCGAGUGACGUUAUUCUUCGAUCUACUCAAGCACAUCUGAAAACCCUUGACUGGUUAGCAAAGCCAGAAUAUGCAUCUCCUGAACAGACAGCUCCAUUUAGUGACUUUAGCAUUUCUCCAAGUCUAAAAAACAAUGUUGAGUCCAUGGGCUUUAAGGAAGCUUUUUCCGUACAAGUUUCUGUCUUCAGGAUACUCCUAGAAGAUAUCAAGAGGAAUAGACUCAGCCCAGACUUUAGAGGUGACGUUUUGGUCAACGCCUCCACUGGUUCGGGUAAAACUUUGGCAUAUUGUGUACCUAUCAUUGAAGCAUUGCAUACGAGAAUUGUCCCUAGAGUUCGAGCGGUGAUUCUCGUCCCAACCAGACCUUUGAUUCAACAGGUCACCCUGACACUUAUAGAGUUAAGCAAGGGGACAAAACUUAACGUUGUCAGUUUAUCCAACGACAUGUCGAUAAAGGAUGAAGGACGCAAGAUCACAAGCAACGUCCCUGAUAUUAUUGUCUCUACACCGGGUAGACUUGUGGAGCAUCUUCUCAACGACUCCGUCACUUUUGAAGCAUUGAGAUUCUUAGUCAUUGAUGAGGCUGAUAGAUUGCUUAAUCAGUCUUUCCAAAACUGGAGCGAGAUUUUAAUUUCCAGCAUUGAGAAACAAAGAGACCCCUCUAGAAACGCAGGUAAUACGUGGGAACUUCAAACGCAAAAACUUGUGUUCUCAGCCACCUUGACUACAGACGCCGGUAAGCUCUCCCUGCUUAAAUUUAGAAAGCCUCGUUUACUAGUGGUCAACUCUAAGGAACAACUUGUGAAUGAGAUGUUCUCGGUUCCUGCAACAUUGACCGAAAGCAAGAUUUUAUUCGCUUCAAGCGAAUCUGCUUUCAAGCCGCUCUUGCUUGCCAAGCUCAUGAUCCAGUCCGAAAAGCUUACAAACGUAUUGAUCUUCUCAAGAUCGAACGACUCUACUCUUCGUUUGGCCAAGGUCUUAGAAGCCUUAUUCAAGAAAUUGUGCCCUUCUACAACGGUGAAUGUUGCUUACAUGAACUCUACUAAUAAUCUUUCGUCUGUGAGAAAUAGAGUUUUCAGAGAUUUCAGCAGUGGACAAAUCAAUAUCUUGGUGGCAACAGAUUUGAUUGCCAGAGGUUUGGACUUGUUGUCUAUCACGGAUGUUAUUAAUUACGAUUUACCCGUUUCUUCCCGUGAAUAUGUGCAUAGGGUUGGUCGUACGGCAAGAGCCAAUCAAAAGGGUGAGGCCCUUUCCUUGGUGUUUGGCAAAGGUGAGAACCAGUGGUUCAGUAACCUCAUGGUUGACGUUGGAAGAAAUGAACCAGUUGAAGAACUAUAUCCAAAGGCAAUUGACCUUUACAUUGAUGACCAUGAGAAGCAGCAGUUCGAGGAUGUUUUGAAGAAGUUGCAGGACUAG